UGAGCCCCUUCAAACUGUCCGCGAUCCUAAGCCCGUGAACGAGACACGAUUUAACGAGAUCUUGAGAAAUCUUGUACUCGAUACUCGAUGUGCAGACGCAGUUGAAAUUUGAAUCGUCGCUGAACUUCGAAGAAGGAAGAACUCUCAAUCGGGAUUGAGGAAGAGAGGAAAAAGAAAGAAACGAAGAAAAGAAAAACAGAAGAGUGGUGAAGGAGAGGAAGGGAUAUGAGGGACAUGGCUCGAUCGUGGUGCGUUGUGAGAGAGUGCAACCGAGACGAACAGUAACGAACGAAACGUAGUCGAGUUUAGCGCGAGCUUUUUGUUCCGAGGCGGAAGUCCUCGAGUCCUGUAUCUGUCUUGGCCGUAGAUCGCUGGGGCCUACCACCAUCCUGCACCAUGAUCGUGCGGAGGUGUCUGACAUUAACAGUAGCAAUCUGUUUGAUACUGUCAGUGAAAUUCGACGCGGCAGAAGCUGAGAGAUGGUCGCGACAGGUAUCGAACAGCGAGUGGAUACCGUUGGCGAAUCCGAGGGCGUCGCAAGCCCAAGUCGAGCAAAAUAACCCGGCUGCGGGCCUCCUGGCAGCCGGAAACGCGCAACUGCCUCAACUUCCGCAACUCUCUUUACCACCGGCCCUACAGCAACAAUACCAAGAGCAAUUGCUGCAGCUGCAAAAGACCCAGGAAAAUAUACAGAAGUUGUUGUUGUUACAACAGCAGCUUAGAGCGCAGCAGCAGCUUCUUCAGAGGUCUUUAUUUCCCCAGUCGCAGACGUUCCUGCCCAGCGGAUUUAGCAACGCAGACGAGGACAAACAACUGCACGAUGUCGGAUUAGGAGGCUCGCAGAUGGCCGAUGUUUCGUCGGAGGAUCUGGUGCCGCCUCUCCCCGCUUCGGAAGCGUUGCCGCCGGUUUUCCCGGCGCAGAACUUCCUCGGCCAACGGUCCAGGCAUCAUCCGCCGACGAAACAGGACGCGAGCCUACCUCAGGAGGUUUCGUUCGUCAGCUUAUCCGGCCAGGAUUUCAAGAACGGCCAGCUGUUGCAACCGGGAGAGCAGAACGUUGGGAACGUCGGGCAGAUCGAAGAGAAUCAAAGGCAAGGCGCGAAGCAGAUAAAGGAACCAGGUCAGGCUCCUUUGGUGCCUCAAGGUGAAAGUGGACAAAACGAAGAGGAGGAGGUCCAAUUAGUUUACGUGCCGGCGGAGACCUUGGCGCAACGAGGUCAACCGAAAAGAGGCCGCGGAAGAAAGCAGUAUCCCCUCCGUCAGCAGCAGCAGCAGCAACCUCAACAACCGCAGCAACACCACGACAGCCGAGGUAUCGACGAUCAGGAUGCCCUUGCCCGUCAGAUACUGCAGCAAAUUCAGCUGGAACGCGAGGAGAAGGCUCAGUUCCUCAAAGAGGAGCGAAUGAAGGAAAUCGUCCGGUUGAACGAGGAGCAAAAGUCAUUGGAAAGGAAAGCACGCCUCCAGCAAGAAGCGUUGCAAAGGGAGCAAGAGCUGCAGAGGCAGCGCGAGAUUGAGAAGAAGAAAAAAGAGUUGGAGAAGUUGGAGGAAUUGGCGAAGCAACGGGAACUUGAGAGGAUACGGGAGGCCAGGGAGAAGCAACGAGUGGAAGAACUGGAAAGGCGAAGAUUAGCGGAGAUCCGUGCGAAAGAGGAGAAACGUCGGGCGGAGGAAGCAGCAGGGCAGAGGGAGAUCGAGAGGCUGGCUGCUCUGGAGAAACAGAAGGAACUGGAGUUCCUGAGGGAGCGUGAAAAACAACGGGAAAACGAGGCGAGAUUGGCCGGGCCGGAACGUACUGAGAACCAAGACGUUCAAGCGCAAGCUCUUCCUUUCAGGGAUCAGUUUCAUCGCCAGCAUCCGUCGGAUACGCCGAAACAAAGUAAAAGUAAAGUCAGGGGUAGACAGCGACAGAGGGUCCAUUAUCAGGAUCAACAAAAUUACAGGGAAACGACGACGCCGUCUCCCAACCAGCCCCCUCUGGCAGUGUACAUGGGAAGUUCCAGUACGAAGACAUCUAACGUUAAAGUAGCUGACGUCUUAAGGAUACUAAAGGACGCUAAAACCAUAGCUGUUCUGGACACAGUCGGGCCGGACACUCCGCAAGUGUUCGUGGGUCCGACCAGUUUAGACCCGCCGACGGGUUACGCCAAGUUCGAUCUCCCGUAUUUGUCGUCCAUCGAUCACAAUCGCGUGGAGAGGAAGGUCGACAAACUGCCAUUUUUCGUCGCGCCACUUAGCUUCGAUCCACCUCCAGGAUAUUCCAAGAUACCUUUCCCAGCGCCGCACAUAGGAUCGGUGGUAGUGAACACAUUGGACAACGCUGAUCCGAAAGGAAGCGACGACCACAACCCUAGCCCAACACCUUUGAUAGAACCUAACUCUUAUCUGGACGGUUUGGACAGCGUAUCUGAAUCUACCACCCCUUCGUACGAGCCUCAAACAACUAUCAACUACUCUCCAGAGUCGUCAAGCACGCCCAGAUACGAGCAAACGUAUGCACCAACGUCGUCUGCCGGAUACUCUGGCUCCAGGUUCAGGUUCAGGCAGUUUUACGGCGACGGUAAGCCAGCCUCUGUCGUUACUUCCUAUUACGACGAUCAGAGGUCCACCACGAGAAAGCAGAAGUACUACGACGAAAGUUCAUCGCGGACGACCGAGGCACCUGUACAAAGUCCAAAAGUGGAAACUUCAGUGAGCCGAGCUGAAGAUAUUUCGUAUUCCACGACGCCUAGCUUCAGAGAAGAAACAAUCGGCCAGCAGGAGGAGUCGGGUCAGCUGGCGUUAAUUAAUCAACAGUUGGCUCAGCAGAGGGUGAAGCAACGCUACAACAACGGAGGGCAAUAUAGUCAACAGAAUCCCCAGGCUUCCGCCGGUCUCGUCGGUAGUUUCGACGGUGAAAUCACUGCUGGCGACGUUAACGACGUUAGAGCUCCCGUUGGACCCACGCAAUAUAGCUUGCCGGCUGAACUACCAGCGAUAUCUCCGCACCUUCCCGGUCUGGUGAAUUCUCUAUUGGAUAAGAAUGAGGUGAAACUCCACCCUGCUGCGACGACAACUACCAGCACAACUACUACUACCACAACCACUACUACGACACAGCGUACUCCUACGACAACGUACAGGCCACGAAGUAGACAAAGAAGCAGACUGGUACCCACGAGGCCAAGGACAACAACCGAAGCGCCGUCGACUAAAUCGAACGUGGACAAAAAUCGAAGGCCGUACAACAGAUCCAGAUCGAGGUUCACGACCACUACAGAGGAGUAUCGCGAAUCUGCUUACGAGCCAACUAAAUCCAAAAUUCCGGAAACUACGUUGAGGUAUAAUUCCGAGCACAGACGGCCGACCAGCAGAACGAACAAGUACAGAAAUCGGGAUAAAACCAGUCAACAGUCCGAGGUCGUAGGACAUGCUCAAAACCUACAGGCACAGCAGCCUGGAUACGACGCUGGACCCUCUAUCAGCGAUUCGAACUCCCCUAUCACCGACUCAGGCUCGAGUGUUCUUCAUCAGUUGGAUUCGUCGUCAAGUUUGAACGACCACGCUCCUGAGAAUUAUCCGCCCACCACCGUUAGCGCCACGGAGAACUACCCGUCGUUUCACGAUGUCACUGUGAAUCACGCUACCGCGUUGAUUUCUGACGAUUACUCGAGAAGUCAGAACUAUCCGCAGAACGUUCAGGAUCCGCGUUACCGGCCUGGCUACGACGAAUCCACGUUGGAACGGACUGACAUUGAAAAGAAUCCAGUGAAUGGAUUUAAUUAUCAAGCUCAGAGUGGCGAGUCGCUGGAUCAAGAGGUCGUUCAGAGGCCGAAGAGCUACCAGUUAGACGGGAAAGCAGAGAACAGCGACUUCGAAUUGGCCACAACUGUCGAUCCGAGGCUGAGAACGCCGGAAGAGCAACGUUAUUCACAAAUUUACGAGGUGAACGUCCCACAAAAUCAGCCGGAGUACAGCCUGACCGGGCAGGAUAAUCUGCAUCGCGUGGAGAGCGAUAAGAUUCAGGCUGGUGUCGACGAGGAUAAUCCCAACGAGCGGCCAAUAUUUAUCCCGUUACCGGAGAAUAAGCAGGAAGAUUAUGAGCUGCCUGUUUCACCCACCGAGAUUCCGUUGUCAGAUAUAACAACAGAAGCAAUUACAACAAGCACAACGCCCGUGGUGAUUCGGCAACGCGUUCGAGGACGCGUUGGUACCCGCUUGCACCAUGAACCCUCGGUUCAGACUCGGAACAAAGGUUCGCAGGACGAGUACGUUCGUUUCAACGUGGUGAAUCAAGAUUCCACUCGAAUCGUGCCGAGCAGACAGAGAGCCAGAACCAGGCCUCGCACCCAGAAUCUCUCGCACGGAUCUCAAGUCCAGACUGAUGGCAACGAAUAUAUCAAGAUUCACGCGGUACAGCAGCAAAGGCAAAUCGUCGCUGCCACGAAACCACCCGCACCAUCUACAACGACCACUACCGUGCGUCCGACGGAGGAGGACAUUGAUUACGGAUUUAUAAGGCCGCCGAACUUCCGACCAGCACAUCCGGUGGAUAACAGAUUCCAGACACCUGUUACGUACCGGCCCCAGCUUUCGGAGGUGCCGCAGCAGUCUCUGCUAGCAAACGACGAGACCGCAGUGGAAUCGAAUCCUCCGCAGGCACACCUGCCGAAGAACCGUCAGAAGUAUCAGCCGGCGCCCAAUCGUCGCUUACCACUGAAACCUACCACUUUACCACCGCUUACAACCACGCCGGAAAUCGUCACGACUACCGAAAGAAUACCUGUUGCCACGGUGCUGCCAGAGGACAUGACGUACACUGGCAGGCCAAAGUCUAGACCAGACGAGACGAAACAAACUAGAAUAAGGGGUAGAAUACGACGACCCGGUAGAAAACGCGUAACUACCACCAGUACGACCGAGUCCGUGCUGGAGGCGCAUAACGAGCUACCAUUGGACGAAAAUUAUCCGCUUAUACGGCCACAAUCCGUGACCGCAGAGCAACAACAGAGUCCGUACGACGACAAUUACGAUAACGCCGGGGGAUUCCUCGAUGGAGCACGUAAUCCAACAUCCGAACAUCAAUUCUACGAUGCCUCUAGCGAGAACUAUCCACCCGAGUUCAUCCUAAACUUUGGUAACUAUCCGGCGCAGCCAGUUCAACGCGAGGAAUACGAUCAGACUCAACUAGCCAGCAGUUCGGCGAAGAAGUACAGCCAGGCUUCAAGAACGAGGCCUUCGGAAGAUGACCGCCAGACGACGGCGGACAUCUACGGGUCUGAAAGUCAAUGGUCCACGAAACUGACGAGAACUUCGUUCCAGCCGAGUUUCGCAGUAAAUCAAGUCCCGGAGGAGGCUCCCAAGAGCAAUCAGCGGUUCCAUGAAUCUUUAAAAAACGCCAACCCGCCAGAAAUAAUCACAGCAGCGCCGGAGGUUUCGUCUGUAACGCUGGUAGUGUCUUCAGACGAUAGGAACACGCAGAGGGAAGAGAAUGAAACGAUGUUAAUGGGCACCACGAUAUUUGGUAGGAAAACUGUCGUACAGGAUCACACUGAGAAGUUGAAUACAAGUGAAACAAGUACCACGGCACCGGAGGCCAAAGAGAAAAGUAAUAGUGAGGCUGAUGUUGGUCAGAAUGGAGAUCCUUGGUUGGAAGAUAAAGUGAAGGAUUCUACUGAACAACAGAAUAUUGAUUUGGAGAAGAUUGUGAAGAAAAACGAUAAUUCCACCAGUCCAGUUGGAAAGAGGACCACACGAAGGAGAAGAGUCCGCGUUCGAGUCAGACCAGCGGUCGACGAUUUCGUCACCGCCGAGUCCCAACACUUGAAUUCAGCCCUGAACGGUUUAUUUCGAGGUCAAUAUAAGUACAAUCCCGUUCGCGAGUCGAAACCGUCCGCAGUAGGCUCAACUUCACCUGGGAAAUCAAUUCUGCAAGACUUUCUGUCGGAUAUUCUAAAGAGCGGCGAAUCUACGAAGAUCACGACCACCGAGGUGCCGGAAGUCGCGUGGACAAUGUCACCAGCUGCGACUACUCCUAUGGUGAUUCCCGGGGACAUCGAUGAAACUACAGAGAUACAGAUUACCACGAUUCCAUAUACUUACAGCAUCGAAGAGACAACAAUCACCGUGUCUCCCGAAGAUUUAUUUACCAAAUUAAAGCCACGCGAUGAUACGAGGGCGAACGAGCAGGAGAAAAAAGAGAGGAACGAGAAGAAACCAGCGAGCGUGGAAAAGGAAACUUGGGAGUCAACGAAGAAACGGAGCCAGAAGACAACAAUCAAUUUUGGCUCGAUAACUGAUAAAUAUAAAACAAGCGGCAACGACGCGAGCAAGUCGAACGGAGAAUUAAAUGAUUCAGAAGCACCUAGGGGCAUCGAUCAGAAGGAAUCAGAAGGAAAGAACGAUGUGGCGGAAGAUGGCAGUGAGAUAGAUAAAGAGAGCGCGUCAGAGUUCGAAGAACGUAAUAAAGAAUCGAUGGACGAGAAUUCCAAUCAUCCGAAGAACCACAGAGCCAAAUGGAGCGAGGUGAGAUACCCGUUUGCCUUCGAUCAUUCUAAACCCUCCAGCUGGAAUUACGAUCCGAAAACGAGUGGCAGAUCUGCCACGACAUCAAUUCCAGGGUUCGUAACGAGAAACGAAGGUGACAACAGUGUAAAGACGCUGUCGGACUACGUCCAAGCGAUCUUCGACACGAUGAAGAGCGCCGAAGAGGAAACAACAGUGGCUAACACGGAAAAUCCAGAUGAAAUCGCCACCACUGUGCUUCCUGUGUUCAACACAGAGAUUCCAGAUCGUGUCAACAGGUCAAGAGAAGAAAAAUCAGCGAUCGAUGGAGGAGCGUUUAAAUUAAACGAUGAUGAAGUUGAAACGACUACUUGGGUGAGCUUCGAGGAGUCAGAAACGACUACAAACCUUUAUGAAAAUGGCAAGGAAGCUACGUCGGACACCGAGUCUACGACUGACGUCCCUCUGAAGAACGUAACAACGUUGGAAAGAAUCAAGACAACUCCACACGCAACGACGAAUCCGUCAUCCGAGGAUUAUUCUGCGACCGAUCCUCUUCUGACGACGACUCCGAAACCCAGUAGCACCGCUUUGCUAACCAAUUCGACCGAAUCGAUAUUAGGGAAGGUUCUGCGGACUUCCACGACCACGAAGGUCUCGCAUAUGACGGAGAUUUGCUACAGGGGCCGAUGCGUGAUGACGAGGCCCAGUCGAGACGAUCGGUUGAGAUGAAGAGGAAGAGGGAUUGAUAAUCGAUAAAAAUAUAAGAGAAGAAAUAGCAUUGUUCUCUUCGAGGGAACGGAUCGUUUUUUAUGUGUGUGUAUAUAGAGAGGGCCUCGUUGAUCGCGAUCUUCGUGCCGUUUUAUUUAUUUAAUUGGAACAUUCUGUAAAAGCGGUACUCUCUUAGUAAUUCUUUUCUUCGUGGAACGUGAACGUGGAGUUAAGUUCAACUCGUUGAGGAUAAAGUAGGGAAACGAUGAUAGUCUCUUGUGGACGAAAACGUUUCCUUUGUCUACCAAAAAUCAAAUAACGAUGGUAAUUAAAUAUUUUCCACUCAUCGAGAACGAUUGAUGAUACGUAAAAAUCUUGUUGUGAAUAGAAAUACACAAAAUUUCUCCUUUUUAUUUCUAAUUAUAGAAUUACAAUGUUAAUUAUUGAAUAAAUUAUAUCUUCUAUCUUACAAUGAAUUAAGACUAAUCGAACGUAUAAUGUAAAGAAGACGUGUGUAAAUGAAGAUAUAUGAAAAUGGUAGAUUUAAGAGAUUUAAGAGGGACAAAGAACUGCAGAACGUUAGCCUAGUCAGGGCAAACCAGUUCGGUAAGAAAAAUCAAGACGACGACGAAUCGAUCGCGUGUCGUGAUACUUAUUUACGAAAAGGAUGCCAGAGGAAUCUCUGAUGUUCUUAGUCUCGGUUCAAAGCCGGAAACGAAGGCCCUGCUAGCGUUUGAUCAACGCCCGUCAUCUAAAGAAACGGAAAGGGAAAAAGACGUAAAAGAACUAGGUCUAUUUAUCUUAAAUCUGCCUAUCGCCUGCUGUUGGUAUACGUGUAAGUUAAGCGUUUACGUAUUUUAAUAAAAACGUACGAGAAAGUAAA